GUGAAAAUGACUGUCAAUAGUACGAGCAAUCUAGCAUACUCCCCAUGCACAUACAAAACCAUCAUCAGUCCUGACAGUCCUUGAGUUGAGAUCAGUUAUCUACAAUCGUUGAUGCGUCUAUUGGCCUGCUUAUCUUCGAGAAUCAUUCGGCCUAACGCCUUACCACACUGCUACCAUCGCGCUCUCUCCCAACUAUCAAUGGCUGGAAGAACGUACGAAUAUGCUGUAGAGUGUCUCAACACAUUGCAGUCCAAUGCGGCGACGCUGGAGGCAAGUAGAGCUUCUGGUGGCCGACUAGUCAAGACCGCUAUCCCGGAAACGAUCGAGUACCUUGAAAGGAUCGGCUACAACCAAACCGAUUUGAAUUCUCUGAACGUUAUACAUGUCACCGGUACAAAGGGCAAGGGCUCGACUUGUGCCUUCACAGAUUCUAUCAUUCGGCACGUUAAGCCUGAGCGGAAAGUUGGCCUUUUCACUUCUCCGCAUCUAGUUGCCGUGAGAGAGCGAAUUAGAAUCAAUGGUGUGCCUCUGCCUGAAGAGGAUUUCGCAAAGUUUUUCUUUGAAGUGUGGGACAGGCUUGAACAGAACGAUAUCAGAGCUAAUCCUGAAACGCUAUCGAAGCCUAUGUAUUUCCGCUUCAUCACUCUCGUAGCCUUCCAUGCUUUUCUCUCGCUAAAGGUCGAUGCCACCAUCCUUGAAGUUGGUGUUGGAGGUGAAUAUGAUUGCACGAAUAUUGUUCCCCAUCCGGUCGUUACUGGUGUCUCCGCAUUGGGGAUCGAUCACACCGCCGUUCUUGGGAAGACGUUGAAAGAGAUUGCGUGGCAAAAGAGUGGAAUCUAUAAGCGAGGUGUCCCAGCCUUGACUGUAAGUCAGCCUGAAGAUGGAUUGGAAGUGCUUAGGCGACGAGCAACUGAAAAGAAGGCUUCAGAGUUUAUUGUUGUAUCGCCAACUCCUGGUCUGUCAGAAGUCAAACUGGGCCUUCCUGGUUCUCAUCAAUACCAGAAUGCCGAUUUGGCCAUCAAUCUUGCCAGAAUAUUCCUUCAUAGAAAGGCUGGGGUUGAACCUGACAGCACCCUCUCGACAGUCUAUGUAGAAGCUUUGCAAAACGCCAAAUGGCCCGGUCGAUGCCAGACUGUACCAGAUCCACGGCAUCCGCAAAGCACUUGGUUCUUGGACGGCGCUCAUACAGCUGAGAGCUUGAGUUGCUGUGUGCAAUGGUUUGUUAGUCCAGACGCUGCCUUACGAAGACACGAGUCAACCACGCGACCUACGAGAAUUCUGGUCUUCAAUUGCACGAGUGGUCGCUCAGGGGAUGCGUUCUUGGGCUCGAUGCUUGUCAAGGGCAAGGAACAACUCAAGCAAUACGGUUCCGCCGAAGAUAUUGACUCAUUCUUCGAUCAUGUCAUAUUCUGUGCAAACGUUACAUAUGCUGACGGCGGGUUCAAGGGUGACUUAACUACGCGUGCCAUCGCCGAGUCGGACCUGGCGCAGCUCAAAACUCAAAAUGAGCUGGCCUCAGCUUGGAAGUCUCUGGUGCCAUCUUUCCCCGAAGGACACGUCCAUGUUUUACCUUCAAUCGAGCACGCAGUCAACCUAGUGCGAGAACAAGAGGUGUUGGGCAAGGUGGACGUACUGGUGACAGGAAGUUUGCAUCUUGUGGGUGGUACCAUUGAGGUCGCGCAAUUGGCCGACGUGGCAUUGUGACACGAUUCGUCUGAUUGGAAGAUUCAUCUCUUACCUUCUUCUGGUUACCCUUAGACUAUAAUAAUGUUAUACAUAUUAACCACCUUCAACAGGUAUUUUAUCCAAUAGGGAAGAAUAGAUAUAGAGAGAACCACUACUAAUGGAAGAUCCUUAUGGAUGCCUCGUCUUCGUGCGUCUUCCACUUGGGUCGAGACCAUAGAAAUGAAUUGCCUUCGUGACUCGCUCUGUCAGAUUUUUUUCGGUAAUCUGUAGCAACAGAAUUACUCACCUGCCUGUCUAGAAAUGCUCGGACUCGGAGUUUGAGACCCCGAGCAGGCACACCAAGGCCCACAGCAAGUUGAAGAAAGACGUCGAAAUGCACAGGCUAUAUUGCGCGCCCAUGAGGUGGACGAUUUUCUGACAGCCAGACAGGAACUUACUUCGUAACGUAAGACACGAUGAUGCAAGGUCACGUCGCUCAAGAUGCACUCCCUAAGUUUGGAAAAAAGUUCUUCGUCAGGCAUGUCCCUUGCCUUGCUUGCUGGAAUCUCAGGAUCCUCGGUGUUUUUCUUCUUUCGUGCUUUUUUGAUCCUAGGUUCAGUCAUAGUUUUAUCGGGCAGUGGAGAGUGAGAUUGCAAGGGAUGAUGAGAGUUGGCGUUGUCAUUGGGUGGGAUAUUGUAUGAUAAGUCUAGUCCGUCAGGGAUGUUACCAAUUUUUUCGCGCUGAGGUCUCUUGCCUUUGUCCUUUGUCCGUCCUGACGGUGGAAAAUCAGGCAUGUAUGCCGAUGGCUCAGCUCGGACGUCUUCAUCCGAGAUAUAAUGUAGGUAGGGAUCUUCGUCAUAGGGGGUAUAAUUCCAGUUAUAGUCCUGGCAAGCGUCCUGGUACUCUUCAGUAGG